UGAUGGCCGCCUCGACGCUUAUCUGUACGUACUCUGCCGGUUUUUGCUUCCGUGCCACAGCGAGCAUUUCCCGGUCUUUGACUUGUCGACUGUUCUUUCAAAGACAGUGCAGGGGAUUGGUAAUUCCUCCGCCUACCCCCUCUCAAAUCCGCCCAUCAGACAGUGUUGGCUUUGAUCUCCUGCAACCAACACCGCCAAUCCUGCCAGAUCAACCCACCUGCCCACCCUCAACCCCUUUCACCCUCUCUUCCACUGUCCACUGUCACCCAAAGCCAACAUCCAUGCACAAGGUUGCUUCAUCCUUUAAGAGUAUCAUACAUGCCCCACUGUGGUGUCUGUCAAGAUAGCAGACUUUGACAGCCUUGCUGAGCUGUCCGUCACUCAAAGGUGCUGGGAUUCAGCCUCAACAGCCUGCACAGCCGAAAGUUUCAGCUCUCUCUCAACUAUCCAAACAACCACAGUGCAGGGGCAGACCAAGCCAAUCAAUCUCUUGGCUCAGCUUACUGAAGACAAGGGCAGGAAAUUGUAGAGGCAAAGGAAGAAGAGGAGAUAUGUUCAUGAGAAGAGGUUACAGUUUCAACAUUCAGCCUUGAAAUCUUAUGAUGUGGAGUCCCGAUGUAUGUGACUAAGCUAAGUGUAUGUGACUCAGCUAAGUGUAUGUGAUACAAAGUGGGCCAGGGUACACAUCAAUCAGUAAG